AGUAUUGGGGAGGAGAUCGAAUGGUGGCGCUGGCUAGCGGCCGCCGUCGCAACUAUUUUGCGGGAAUAACAAUUCCGCCGCUAGUAUUCGUUCAGCCAUGGAGGACGAAGACUUGAGGCUCGUGAAAGGUAUGUGGAAUAGUUAUCUGCUCGAAAAGCAUCUGCAGGGGGGGUAGCAUUAGUCCCUGCUUGUCUCGCUUUGCUUUAAAUGUCGCCGCUAUCUCGUUCGAAGCAAAAACCAACCCACGUCUAGCCGCUAGCGAUUGGCCGCGUCGCUCCGGCUGCGCGUGCCAGGUCGUGCGUGAUUGACGCGGUGUGGCGAUGUUUGUGCGCUUCCUAGGUUGGAGAAACCGUACUCGCGGAACUCGCGCAUUGCUUUUCAGUGUCCUUGUCACUUGCAACAACAAUCAGCCAUAUCGGCGAGAGCAAGAGAUGCCUCGUUGAAGGCGAAGACGUAUCGAAGUCCGAUCAUGUGAUAGAGUGCAGCGUCGCCCCGGAGCUGACGGCUGACAGCGUCCGCAUCGUCGGAUACGUCCUCCAGUCCUGCGCUCUGCACAGCGAUCCGCAUACAGUGCAUCUCACUCUGAACAAAGGGGAGAUUGUCUCUCUGUGCUGCACGUGCCCUGCAGGGCAAGAAUGCACGUUUCCACUGCGUUUUUUUUUAACGAGAGGGGUUAGGCGAUAAACCACGUUUUAUUAGACGACAUCAGUUCCUUCAUCGUUCUCUUAAUCUGCAAGGUAGUUUUGUUAUGAAAUGUUGCACUGCCUAGGCAUUCCGUAGUUAAGAACUGAUUUAAGUGAGGAAAUCUACGAGGUGUUGUAGAAGUGGUGUAGAAUGCAAGAGAUAUAACAGAUGUGUGUUUGUGCUGCCCCCAGAAAGUCAAGCGAAUGCAAGCACUGCACUGCUGUCCUGCUGAAAACCAACAGGAUGCAAGAGCUUCCAGUUGUCAAGCACAGACUUGCCGCAGGCUUGGGGCCAGCAUGCGAAGGAUGUCGUCAAGACCAAGUAUGCAGUGAGGUCUCUCAUGGAGAUCCCCUUCUGCCCAAAGUUCAAGCGACCUGCCUUGCCAGCCGUCGAGCGUUGUGUCAUGGACAGACUUAUGGAAGGCCUUCCGCACAUCUGUCCUGUCGCUAUUCACAAAAGGAAGAGAACACGAAAAGAGACAGGUGGAGCCAGCACUUCAGCAGCUGUGCCUCGACCCUGAAGCCUGCUUGAAGCGCUUCAGGACCUGCCUGAGGAGGAGACCGAAAACCUGCUGGAGCAACUCAAGCGCAUAAUGACACGAGAGGCUAUUGCGGAAGUUGAGCGCAUGACAAGGGCACAGGCCUCAUCAUCUGAUUGGAUGCUGUACAGGAGGGGUAUGGCCACUGCAUCCAUAUGCCGUGGGUUCUUUACCCGCGCUGUCACUAAAGGCUCAACCACGGCCGCACAACUUGAGAGGUCUCCUUGACAAAGUGUUGCAAGUCAGCACAUUUCAGUCAGCGUCAAUGAAGAGGGGACAGCAGAAGGAGGGAACUGCGAAAGAGAAAUACCUAUCAAAGCUGGUGAAGGAAGGACAUUGUCCUAGGAUUGAGAACGGAGGGCUGAUAAUAUGGGGCCAAAUGCCCAUUAUGGAGAGUUCGCCCGAUGGGAUCGUGGUGUUUGAGUGUGAAUGUUGUCAGGGAAAGCGGGUGCUUCUGGAAGUCGAAUGCCCAGAGGUCGUCUAGAAUUCGUUCUGUAAAAAAAACUAGAGAGCCCCAGUCCGUCUACUACAUGCAGAUGCAGGUUUGCAUGGGUAUCACUGCACUCGCAAGUUGCGACUUUUUUGCUUAUGUCUCAGAAACAGACUACAAGCUAGUUGAAGUGAAGUAUGAUCAUGCUCACUUCGAGGAAUGUGUGCAUGCUGUACGGUCAAUAUAUGUGGACUAUCUUUUCGCUGAGCUAAGGGGGGCAUUUAACUAGCUUCCUUUUUUGUUUUUAUCCAAGGUGUGCUGCAGUACUGUGCGCUAUGGAAGCCGUGCAAAACGACUACUGUGCAACCCUCUUGGGCAAAUCAGGCAUAGAAACAAUGAGGCACAAUUGAAAUGAACUUCUUUAUUUCUCAUUUUUUAGCACACGCUUAGCAUGGAUAUAGCUUCGCAUCAUAACUGACACGCCGUCAUCAAGACUACCCAUGCACCCAUCAAGACUAGGCGCACUGAUGUCAAGUGUAU